UAAAAUUUUAAUUUGUCGAGAAAUGCAUGAAAUUCAUAGUUUGUAAAGAAUGUAUUAGUUUUUGCGAAAUUCAUGGUGAAAUGAAUAUUUCUUUUGUUACAAUAAUUGCAAUAUUCCAUGUGAUCGCUAACUUUUUCUUACAGGUUUGCUUUUGUCAUGAUAUACCUUUUUUCCCGAGAAACCUGUCAUUGCGAAUUUUUAAAGGUUUGCCAGCAGAACUUGGAGAACUUCCCUAUCAGAUUGCUUUCAAAGAAAGACAUCAUCAAGAUCAAAAUUUGUUUUACACGUUUUGUGGUGGCGCAAUCAUUGGCCCUACUAAAAUAGUAUCAGCUGCACAUUGCUUCCUCGACGAAAAGCCAACGUUUUUAGGAUUAUGUUUGGAAACUCGUGUAACAAAUCUGGACAAUAUAUAUGCAGUUGCAGCCACCCUAAGAAAUACAGCUCGCAGUAUGCAGAAGCAUGAGCAAUGGCGGAGUAUACGUAACAUUACUUAUCCUAAGGGAUACAGUUUUCCUCAUUAUGAUUUAGCUAUUUUGUUUGUAAUGGAGCCUUUUGAAUUCAACAAUUAUGUGAAACCUGUAAAGCUUGCACAUAAAUUUGAAGACUAUGAGGGUCUCUGCUUGGUUUCGGGGUAUGGGAUGAUCUCAAGUAGGCUAAUAUCUGACACUCUGUUGAAGGCUCACAUACUUGUUUUUUCUAAUUCCUGGUGCACUAAAUAUCACCGCAAAGAUAUGUCACUGUUCGUUUGCACAUCUCGAAGCGAUGCAGAUGUCGGAAAGGGUGAUUCUGGAGGUCCUCUAGUUUGCUCACGUAAUAAUAUCAGACCAGGAGAGGAUGAACAAAUUUUGAUUGGUGUUGUAAAUGGAUAUUUUGAUGUACAUUCAUUUUUUGCAAGAAUAUCCGAAUACCACGGUUACAUACAGAGAAACCGAAGCGAGAAACCUUCAAUAGUUUAUUUGCAAGUCACUAUGGCUUUAAUACAAUAUACUUAUUCUUUUAGUUGUGAUUUAUUUGUGUUUUAUUGUAUAAAACCCUUAUAUACAAGUUCCUCAACGCCGGAAAAAUAUCAAAACCGUUAA